AUGAGGACAUUGAGAACUGUGACCACAUUGAGAACAUUGAGAACUAUGACAACAAUGGAAACAUCAAGAACAUUGAGAACUAUGACAGCAUUGAGAAACAUGAGAACAUUGAGAAAUAUGGGAACCAUGCGAACUUUGGGAACUGUGUCUACAUUGAGAACAUUGAGAACAUGGAGAUCUAUGAGAAUUAUGGGAACUAUGACAAAUAUGAGAACAGUCGAGACUUAUCAACCGGCCGGUUGGACCGGUUCCGGUCAACAUGUUGGACCGAGCCCGGUUGACUUGGCUUAUAACUAG